UGUAAGGACACACAGUGAUAUGUUUUUAUUUCGAGGGUCUCAAAAUUUGUAAGAAGGCGUAACGAUUAACAUCUCUGGAGUGCGAUUCAUUACCUGCUCGUUUGUUACCAUGGUGCUGUCAUCUAUAAUAGCGCUUUUCAGUGCACCUUUGGAAUUCUUGUAUUGGAUCAAAUGGAUUUUAACAUACACUGCGAUUCGCAUUUACACAUUUUUCCAAAAACGGAGAUUCGACCUAUAUGACGUUCAAGCUCUUGGCGACCCUUUAAAACUUGGUUAUAUCAUACCACAAAUAGAAAAAGAACUCGAAGCUCCAUUUCCAGAGUCUCAUUUACAGGAUUGUGCAGAUGAAGUUCUUUUCUACGGCGUGAAUUCCAAAUCAGAAUGCUUACUGGUCCGCAUAGCAAGAGGCCUCAACCAAGUAGCCGAUGCGUGGAUUUACCUGAAACUGGCAAACGGCAAGACAUACAGCCUUACAGAAUCGAUGGGAUACCAACAAACUUCAGACGGACGGACUUUCUCGAGUGGAAAACUACAAAUGCAUUAUCUGUCUCCGAUGAGAAGAUGGAGGAUAUUCUUUUGUGGAAUGUUGAGAGAAACUUCUGAUAACAAGACCGAUGAAGAAGUGGUGUUCGUAAAAUUUGUAUUCGUAUGGAAGGCUUCUUCCGAUGUGUACGAUUUUACAUUGGAUACUAAUCCUGAAGGAUUUGCGAGCGCCAUUGCAAGAGCGGCAUGGAAAGUACCAUUUGUACCUCCAGUACAAAAACUCAUUGGUGCUCUCAACCUGUAUGCUCAGACAGGAGUCGUAACUGGAACCGUAUCCGUGAACGAUGAAUCCGAUUAUGAGAUGUACUUAUUUGGAGAAAAAAUUAGAAGUCUCGGAAAAAGUUCGAGUAUAGUUGGCUGCCAAUUUACAACUAUAUUGGGAUGUACACCUUCAACAGGACUUAGUUUCCAAUUAACAAAUGUCUCCGCUCCGUACUCUUUUAAGAAUUUGCCUUUUGGGUUUGUUGUGGAAACAGACGGUAAUUUGCAACCUCUUAAGGAAUUGGAUAUCAAUAUCAAACCAUUUUCUGGAAAAAUGUCUCGAAGUUCUUUCAAUGUAAAUUUCAAUACAGGAGAGCGAUACAAAUUGACUGGAAAAAGCGAAGAACCAAUUGUCUUCUAUAGCGGUCAAGGGUGGAGUGGAUAUCUAGAUUUAUCUUUCAUCGAAUUCAAAGUAAAGAAUAAAAAAGGAUAUGGCUUAAUAUUAUCCGGGGAAGUUUACAAAGUACCAAAGAAGCCUUUAAAGAUUUUGCCAACUCCUCGGGUUCCACAAAAUGUUCCUUUGACUGUGCAGUUCACAGAUGAAAUAUCUCACUUCGGAGAAAUAUCUGGAGGAAAAGGUUCAUCCUUAGGAAUGUUGACGGAACUCAGUAAAAAGGAAAAAUCAUUCAUUGUGCCUAAAGGUAUUGUAGUGACAACUGUUGCAUAUCAGGAAUUUUUGACUACCGAUAUUUUGGAUGCAGUCAGGCACUUAGAGGAUGUGGCAUAUGGAAAUCAAGAUGGAGAUUUGAAGCAAGUUUGCAACAAGGUAGCACACAUUGUAGAGAAAACAUCUUUGCCCAAUAAAAUUUGUCACAGCAUUAUAGAAGAUUUGAAAGAUAUCUUUGGAGAGGAAGUGAAUCAGCACAAAUUUGCUGUUCGAUCAUCUGCAACAGGAGAGGACACUGCAUCAAUGUCCGCAGCUGGUCAGAUGGACACGUUUCUUGGUGUUCAAGGCUUUAAAGAGAUAUUUACUGCCAUAAAAAAAUGUUGGGCUUCUCAAUUUGGUCAUAUUGCAGUGGAAUACAAAAGACGUAAUGGUCAAAUUUUGAAUUCUCCUAUGGCCGUGGUCAUCCAAGAUAUGGUGGCUUGCGAAGUUUCAGGAGUCAUGUUCACAUGUGAUCCAGUUACUAAUAACCCAUCCGUCAUCACCAUCACAGCCAAUUAUGGUCUAGGAGAGACCGUGGUAUCCGGAUCCGUAGAACCAGAUACUUUCAUCAUUCGAAAAGAAAUGAGCGGAAAAUUGAAGUUAGCUGAGGUUAUCGUUGGAGCCAAGCAUCAGAAGAUCAUCAUGCAAGAUUCUGGUGGAACUGUUCUCGAAGAUUUAGAUGAAAACUCAAGGAAUGAAAGUUGCUUGUCUGAAGAAAUUGUCCUCAGGUUAGCCAAGUUAUCUUUGAAGAUCGAAAAAUACUAUAAAUCCACAAGAGAUAUAGAAUGGGGCUUUUUGGAUAAUGAAAUCUAUAUGUUACAGUCUCGCCCUGUUACAAAUGUUGCUGCCGAAACUGAUAAUGAAAUCAAACAUGAAUUCGAUCCUCCUUUGAGAUGCGAAAAUGAGUAUUUUACUGUAGCAAAUGUCGGGGAAGUGAUGCCAGGAGCUACCUCACCACUAGGAAUAGAUCUUAUGCUGAAAUGCUUCGGCAAUAUUCUGAAGAGAACGGCAGUCGAAAAAAAUCUUCAAGACAGUUUUCUGAGUAGUAAAUAUUACAACUCUGGGAUUUUGCCUUAUUACAACCACAUGAUGAUAACUGUAGCAGAGCUAUUAACGCGAUAUGGAUACGAAACUCCAGCAUCAAAAGGUUUCCAAAUUAGUAUAUUUGGCCGAGUUAUUGACGAUAAGGACAUUCUGGAUUAUGCAAAAGAAAAGAUGAAAGAAGGUGUAACGCCAACUAUCAGAAGUCAGUUGAGAUCUUAUUGGGACCUGUUCGCUUAUGAUUACGGAUACGAUAAAGCAAAGGAAGAACUUGACAAUUAUCAUUUGAAUUAUCUGAAGACCAAGACUGCCAAAGAAGCUUUUGAAGCUUUGUUAAAAACUGGAUCUGAUUUUGAUAAAUUCAUAUCGUAUCAUUUCGAUGGAACAGAGAGCUCUUCAAACUGGAAUAUGUAUUUAUUUCAAAUACUGUGUGAUGCUAAUGGAAGAUUUGAUACUGAUGUGUACAGCGAUUUUGCCAGACUCCUAGCCACCUCAUCAAACGUAGAAAGUGCCAAUGUCCCCCAAGCAAUGCAGGAAGUGGCUAUACAAAUUGUAAAAGAUAUUGGUGCUGAAAAAUUCCGCUCCCUGACACUUGAAAAAGCUGAAGAAUGGUUACAAACAACAACUUCCUUGGCAGGAUACAAAUUUAGAAAAUUCCUCAAGAGACACGGGCACAGAUGUUUGAAAGAGUUCGACGUUUAUUCUGUUACUUGGGAUAUGAAUCCAAAACUAUUGGUCAAGCUUUUACAGAAUUUGGCUGGUUCUGCCAGAGAAGAAGGGAAAAAAGAAGAAGAAAAUAUUGAUAAGAUAUUUUCGCAGCUGAAUGUACCUCUGAGCUUCAUGGCUAAGUGCUUAUUGAAAUUUGUUUUGCCUAAUUGCCGAAGAGCUGUAAGAGCAAGGGAGGCUGGAAAAUCCAUGACCAUUAAGUCUUUCCAUUACUGGAGGAAAGGCUACAGACAUCUCGGGAAGUUGAUGGAAUUGGAAGGGCGACUGCCGGAUAAGGAAUUGAUUUUCUUCCUCACGCUCGAAGAAAUUGAUGAAUUGCUGGAGACAAGAUCUCCGAGUAUAAUUUCGAGAGCAAACUAUCGCAAGAGAAUAUUUUCAGUUGUUGAGAAUUACAAAUUUCCAGAAAUAAUAAAAGGUCUCCCAAAACCAAUCAAUGAUGAAGAUGAAUCAGCAGAAACCUAUGAAUUUAUAGCAGAUUUAACAAUGAAAGGCAUUCCAGUAAGUCAAGGAGUCACCAAUGGGUAUGCUAGAGUAGCCAUGACACUAGAAGAAGCAUCGCAUCUCAAGCCAGGAGAAAUUUUAAUCACUUACAGUACCGACAUUGGCUGGAGUCCAUAUUUUCCAAUUAUUUCUGGAGUUGUGACAGAGCUUGGAGGACUUAUAUCUCAUGGCGCUGUAGUUAGUCGUGAGUAUGGAUUACCAUGUGUUGUUGGACUGCAGGGUGCUACAAAAAGAUUUAAAACAGGAGAUUAUGUAUUAUUGGACGGAAAGAAAGGAAUUCUUCAGAGACUGCCUCAUCCGGAUUCAUAAGCAUUUGCUUUAGAACUCUUUUUUUAUGUGAAUAGUGAAAAUAAUUGGCAUUAUUGAUCAUGAUUGAUUUAAACUAUCAUUUGUUGCAUAUGAUUGAUAUUUGUAAGAAAAACACAUUUUUUUAAUAAUAAAAAGGAGACUUUUACUUGCU